AUGUUUGUGCGCAAGAUCAUGGCUGUGGUGGCCUUCCACCCCGGCAUAGAGGAGAGCAUGCUGCUGCGUCUUGUUCCUCUACUCAAUCCCCAGGUAAGGUUACACACUUAUCUCUCUCUUCCAGCACUGCGCAGUGGUGCAACUACUGUAGAAGUAGAUCUUUCUCAGCACUACUUUCCUCCUCCCCCUUCAAUUACACGCUGCAUAGCGAUUUCCGCAGGGCCUUCCGCUAAGCGAUCGCAUAUCGUCGUGGUGGGCUUCGCCUCACCCUCCUACCGAUCGCCCGCCACGUCGUCCAGCGAAGAUUCCUCGCUUCCUUCAUUCGCUAGCGAUCGCACGUUAUUUCUCGCGAGUCCUCUCUCUGUGCCGUCUACCAACGGCUCUAAACUGACGCCGUUUGCAGCCGACGGCAACGCGACGACGGAAACCGGCGGCGGCGGCGGGGGCGGCGCAUCCGGCGGCUCCAGCGGUGGUGGAGGCGGCGGCGGCGGAGGCGGCGGGGACGGCAGCAGUAAUGGCGGGGAUAGCGACAGCGAGAAGAACCGGGCAGACGCACUGGCCGCGCUCGCCGCACUCGGGCGCACCGUGCAAUCCCUUCCCGCGGAUCUCGCGGAAGCGAUUAUGGCGGGAAAAAUUCCCGGCAUUAUCGUGGAGCGAUUCGCGGCGCUGGAGAAAUCGCCGCUGCUGAAGCACUUGCUGCGAUUCGACGGGUUCAAGGAGCGUCUGCUGGCUGACGAUCUGUUCAUGACCAAAGUGGCGAUCGAGUGCGGCGUGGGCCUCUUCACCAAGACGGGAGCGGAGUACGAGAAGCGCCGGGAAAACUUCUUGAAGGAGCUCGACUUUGUCGUUGCUGACGUGAUCAUGGCGCUGGUGGCGGACUUCAUGCUCGUGUGGCUGCCCGCGCCCACCGUCGCCCUCCGCGCGCCUCUCGCGGGCAAUGCCAGCCGCCUCGCGCUCUUCUUCGCCAAUUGCCCCGACAACGCCUUCCAAGUGGCUCUGCGCGGAACAAGCUACUCUCUCCUCCAGCGAGUGGGCGCCAUUGUCCGCAAUGGUGCCAAGCUGCUAGGAGUGGGCACUGUAGCGUCGCUGUUUGGCUGUGGCAUGACCAACGCGCUCAUCCUCGCGCGCAAGUCCAUGGCGAAGCAAGGAGCGGCAGACGGCAGUGGUGCGGAGGCGAGUGCGCAGCAGCACGAGGGGGAGGAGACCAAGGUGCCGAUUCUCGCAACCAGCGUGGCUUAUGGCGUCUACAUGGCCGUGUCCAGCAACCUCAGAUAUCAGAUCCUGGCGGGAAUAGUGGAGCAGCGCAUGCUAGAGCCCAUGCUUCACAACCAGAAGCUGCUGCUCUCCGUGCUCUCGUUUAUUGUCCGCACUGGCAACACCUUCCUUGGCUCGCUGCUAUGGGUGGACUACGCUCGUAUCUCACGCGACCUCUACCGGAGUUUCCUCCGCCACUCCGCCCCCCCAAAGGCGCCUUUGCCCCCGUCCAUUCUUUCCGCCAACCCGUCCCCGCGCCCGUUCCUUCCCGAGGUUCCGCGCGUCCCUUCCGCCCGCGCCUCCGCCACCGCAAACCCUUUCCCCUUCCAGCGCGCCGCGUUUGCAGCGAGCAGAGGGAAACCGCCGCGCGAGAGCGGAAGGGUUGGGCGGAUCAGGCGCGGCAGGGGGAGGCGGAAUGAGGGGGGAAAAGGAGGAGCGCGCGGGGACAGAGUUGGCGGAUUUGCGCCCUCCGCCUCAGCUUCUACAGCUCAACUCUCGCUUUUCCGCUCCUCCCCACUUCCUUUCUCCCCGCGCCUCGCCCCUGCGACUCUCCCCCGCCCCGUUUCCAACCGCGCACCUCUCCCCAGGUGCAUGCGUUCUUCCGCCAUGGCGCCAGAGUGCCCCUUCCCCACAGCAAGGCGCGCGUGCGUGCAUGUGUGUGUAUCACCUCUGCCGCGCCGCACACCUCUCCCCCCUGCGCCUCUCCCCCGAGCCUCCCCCCCUCCCGCCCCCCCGCACCUCCCCACCCGCGCCUCCCCUUCCCCCCUUCUCCCCCAGGUGCAUGUGUUCUUCCGCCAUGGCGCCAGGGUGCCCCUGCCCCACAGCAAGGCGCGCGUGCUGGAGAACAGGGCAGGCGGGAAGGGGGGAAAUGGAGAGACGAAGAAGAAGGGGGAGAGGAAGGGACAGGUAGAGGGGAAAGAGAAGGGAAACGAGAAUGGGUCAAGAGGAGGGAGUGAGGAAAUCGAGGAAGGGAAGGAGCAAGGGCCAGCGAAGCAGCAGGGAUUGGGGGAGGGGCAGAGGGGGGGCAGAGGGGAGGGCAACAAAGAGGAGGGAAGUGAAGAGCAGGGGAGGGAGUGGGAGGGGUUCCCUGGUGUGGAGGUAUGGGAGAGCAGGGCAGUGCGAGCAGUGGAUAUGGCCGGGUUGCCGGAGAGGAGUCACACGCGGGGUGUGGAGGGCUGGCCGUUUGGACAGCUCACGCACACAGGUUGGUGGGCGGGUGGUUGUAUUUGUGAGUCGACUCAAAAAGAGGUAUGGGAGAGCAGGGCAGUGCGAGCAAUUGAUAUGACAGGGCUGCCGGAGAGGAGCCACACGCGGGGUGUGGAGGGCUGGCCGUUUGGACAGCUCACAAGAAUAGGAGCACGAGAGGCAGAGGAGCUAGGCAGGCGACUCUGGGAGGUGUAUGGUGCAGCAUUGCAAGUGUACAGCAAGGGAAGAGGAGUUGUUGGCAUCGUUGAUUCACGUGCGAGCCACCAACUUUCCACGGACCUACCACUCAGGAGGCAGCAGCAGCAGCAUGUGGGGCAAUGGAGAUCCGCGCAGACGACCACGAGACGCUCAUUGACUCGGGGCGAUGCGCGCGGUGAGAGAGCAUGCACCACACAGUUGACUCACUCUGCUUGGCGCAGAGUGACGCAGGGCCUUCCGCCCCUCCCUCUGCCCUCCCCUGCUCCUUCUCAUUCUUCUGCUGCUAAUGUUCCUGCUGCUGCUGCUUCCGAAGCUGAUGGCGGUGUUACAUACGGUGCUGCUGCUGCUGCUGCUGCUGCUGCUGGCGUUGCUGCUGCCUUAGACGGCAUUACCCCUACUGCUGCUACAUCUGCUGUGAAUGGCGCUGGUGCUAGCACUGGCGUAGGUGUUGCUGGUGCUACUGCUGCUGUGACUGCUGCUGAUGGUGACAGUGAUGCUGGCAGCGGUGGUGGUUGGCGCAAGAAACACGUGAGCGCCCGCGAGGCAAUGAGAGCCAUCCUCGGACUCCCCUCGGGCCCUUUCCCCUGGCCUUGGGCAGUGGACUUUCUGCACUGCUGUCAUCACCAUGGGGACCGCUUACCACCGCACAUCACACCUGCUAUCGUCCACUCCAUCCGCGCCCUCAUCGCCCAAGACUAUGCCACUCUCUACUCUGUGAGUCUCUUUCUCAAAGCCUCAAGCUGA